ACGACCAGUUCGUCAUCGACGAGCGCCAAGUGCGCACCCACGUGAUAAUGUCUCCCUUCGAUACAUCUAAAAUCGCGAUCCUCACUUGUUUUCACACACAUUGAUAAGUUUUUGAUUUGUGAUUCUCGGCAAAACUGCUUCGCGAUGGUUUUCAUCAUCGAUCGCCAUUGUCAAGUGAAAAUUAUUUCUGGUGCAAUCGUCUUGGUUUGGGUUCCUUGAAUGCGUUUAUGAAGAACUUUGAAAUAUUUGGAUCGCCUAUUCUUAAGAAAAAUUACAAAUAAAAAACGAGAAAAUAUAUCGACUGAAUGAUAAAAUGUGCAUUCGAGAUAUGCCGGCGAAGAGAAGAUAUUUUAAACGUUAUUAAUUUUCUACCGAGACUGAGGUUUCAAAUUAUAUACAUUAUCGUCAUUUUAAUAUUAAAAAGAUAUUAGAGUUAAACAAUUUUUUAUUGUAUUUUGUGAUUUAUUAGCAACACGGCAUAUACUUAGAAAUAACCAUAUGUUAAUUUUAGACUAUAUAUGUGAUUUGUCAUGAAAAAAUAUAAUUGAAAAAGAUUGUUAAAUAAGCUCUAAAUUUAGUGUUUUGAUAAGUGAAGAGAAUAUUUAUUUUUAAAAAGUGUCCUUACAGAGAAAGAGAAGUGAGAAAAAUUAAAGAGAGAAAUUGAAUUCAGAAAUUAUUAAUAAUGGAAAAAAAUUGUGCAGAAAUUAUUAAUUGUGGACGAAGAUCAUUAAUUCUCAUGUCGCUCAUAUUUGAAUUGGCAGCUGCUUUAGCCAGCUAAUUUCGUAAAUUAUACAACCGGAAAGAACAUCGAUAUCGGUCAUUCAAUUUAUCUGAUUUAAACUGACAAUGCACAAAUACGAAUACGGUGAGCAGAUAUUCGCAUUGUGUGCGAUGAAAAAUGAUCUUAUGCAAGAAAGAAGAUAACAAAUGCAUUAGUUACAACUGAUAAAGUAUUUUACACGGAAUUUUUUAACUGUUUGAUUGUUAUACCUGAAAAUUGAGCUAGCAUUCGUCUGCAGUUGCUUACAGAGAAAUCUUCCGAUGAUAAGUUGUUUCAAAAUGGUUAGUGUUUGGAACAAUCCGUUUCAAACAUCCUACGUUAGGAUACGAGCCCAUUUCGGCAUAAUAGCUGGUCCAUCUUAAAUUAGAAAUUACUUAGGUGAAAUAUGUAUAUGUUCGGUAGGCGAAAAUUUCUGGAAGUAUGAUUAACAAUGUGCUCGCAAGCACAUCGUUCACGAAAAGAAAUUGGUACGGUGUUCUUGAAUGGAUAAAAGAUGACGGUCUCUUAUCAGUAUGAGGUUGCCAGUUCCACCAGCGGUGGAUUCACCAGGCUUCUGUUUAUGUGGCGUGGUUCCCUGUACAAGCUCAUCUACAGGGAAUUACUACUUUAUCUGCUUCUCUUUGGCGCCUUGUCCGCACUUUAUCGCCAUGUUUUUAAUGCUACACAAAAAAGAGAGUUCGAGCAAGUUGUCAUUUACUGCGAUACCUUAAUCAAAUUAAUCCCACUGAGUUUUGUACUCGGGUUUUAUGUAUCCUAUGUGGCGCAGAGAUGGUGGAAGCAGUACAAGGCAAUACCGUGGCCCGAUAAGGUAAUGCAUCUCGUGGCUCUCUACAUUAGCGGAAAUGACGAGUACAGUCGGAUGCUGCGCAGGGCUCUCAUGCGUUACCUGAAUCUCUCCCUGAUACUCGUCCUACGUUCCAUCAGUUCGGCGGUGAAGAGACGAUUCCCCACUCUCGAGCACGUCGUUGAUUCUGGUUUCAUGACCACAUUGGAACUCGAAUUGUACCAGUCGGUCCCAAGUGGCGAGUUUAAUACUUAUUGGAUACCGUGUACAUGGUUCGUUAAUCUUCUCAAGGAGGCACGCAAGACUCACAGGCUACCUGACGCGCAAGGUUUAAAACUAAUUAUGGAGGAAUUUAGCGAGUUCCGGACUAAAUGCGGCCUCUUAUGGAGCUACGACUGGGUAUCGAUUCCAUUGGUGUACACGCAAGUGGUGACGCUCGCUACUUACAGCUUCUUUGCGGUCGCCUUAAUCGGCCGACAAUACAUUGAUGGUGUCGAAAAGCAAUUCCAAUUAAAGAUAGAUAAAUAUUUGCCUAUUUUUACGAUUUUGCAGUUUUUUUUCUUUAUGGGGCUGUUGAAGGUAGCCGAACAGCUGAUAAAUCCCUUCGGAGAUGAUGACGAAGAUUUUGAGCUGAAUUGGCUGAUCGAUCGUCAUAUAAAGGUAUCGUUUCUCGGAGUGGAUACGCUGAUGAAUCGCUGUCCGCCGCUCGUCAAAGACAUUUAUUACGACUCCGAAAAUGUGAGCUUGCCGUACACGGAAGCUGCUGCGGCGUACAAGAAGAAAACCUAUCGCGGUAGCGUUGCAAAUAUGAUGGUACCUGAAGAGAAACAAAUGAUGUUCCUGCCUGAAAUUUUGGAGGAAGAGGAGGAAUGCAAGAGUAUUCCGACACCUCGCACUUCUACCGUCAGUUUAGCAAAUCCAAGCGAAAGUCCAGUGAUCGAAAGGCGCCAGAUCAGCGGGUCCCCUGCAACACCUGCGAAGAUGGCUGGCAAUUGUUCCGAAACGGUUGUGCAACUGGAUGAGCAAGAGCAACCGCUCGAAAUGAAGCAUCGACACGUCAUAAUCGAGGCCGCCAGGAAAUUCUCUGCCCUGGCGAAGGGCUCGGCGUCUCGCGCCGGGAAAUCCUUCUUCCCGGCAACAAAACCAUCCAAGUCAGUCAUGCAUCCUUGGCCAAGCACGACAAAUAUUUCGCAUUCCGCGCAGACGUCGAUCCAGGCGCCGAUUUCCACCCCGAUCGUUCUCGAGGCGGGUAGUCCCUGGAAAAAGGAUUCAUUCAAGAGUUUCCGUCAAUCCUCCAUGGAGGAUUCUGAAGGACGACCAAGCGUCUCGUCGCAGAGCGAUAGAAAUCAAGAAGGCGUCGUAAAUUCGGCAUUCAUCGAGGAGAAGUUGCAGGACGUGCCGGAUAUCUGUGAUUGUGACAACGCGGAAGAAGAAUAUGAUACUUCCGGUUCUCCGACAUCGUGCAAAGACUCCUGCCAGCAUCUACCAAUUCCAGAAGUGGUUGAUAUGCCUAUAAUUGGGGGCGAAUCGAGUCGUCCGAGUAGUCUGAAAUACCUGAAGAGAGACCGAUCGACUAGCGAUUCCAAGAAGAAGAAAGGCAUUCAAUGGCCGAGAUUAUCCGGUAAAUCAUUAAAAUUUCGCAGAAGAACUACCGAUAACAUACCCGCGAUAAGCACAAUGAUGAAUCAAACCAGGAGUUCGCCAAACUUGAGUAAUCUAGAGGAGCGGAAAUCUGCGCAAAAUGUCAAAAUUGAUCUUUCUUACAAGCAAGAAGAAGAUUCCAAGCUGUGAAUGAUGUAUAGCUGUGAACGAGUAAUAUAAAUUGAUGCUAUAAUGAAAUUUCUGCAAAAUUUAUCUUUAAAUAUGUGUGAAUUUCUUAAAGACAGAAAUUUUUAUUAAUGAGAUUCUCUCUCUCGCUAAAAGAUCUUUCAGUGCAAAAAUUAAACAUUACGCUCUCUUUUUCUUUCUCUCUCUUUUCAUCUUAUUAUAAAAUUUAAUUAAGUUGGGACAUUUUAAGAUCGUUAUAGAUCUUAAAAUUAUCUUGUUAAAAAUUGAUAGUGCUGUGAAAAAACUAUAUAAAAUUACGUUUAUUCUAUUGUUAUUUAUUACAUUUGUUUAUAGAAUUAUAUCUGAAGUAGAGUAAUAUGCAAUGCAGAAUAAUAUGCUUUAUUAUUAUGAAAUGAUCAGUGACAUAAAAUACUUUACCUACAUAUUUCAGUGUUUUAAUUAUUACGAUUAAUAUAAGCAGGUAUACAUCCACAGGAAUCGAUAGCGUUGUUUAACAUUACGAUCUACAUAUCCGUGUAAAUAUUGUAAAUAUAUAUUAUAGAAUAUAUUUCUCUUUUAUUGCA